UUCUUGUUUCACAUACAGCUUCUGUGACUGUAUGAGGAACAAGUUUUAAAAGCUCCACUGGAUGUCUUGUAGACGGAAGGCGCCUCUGACCUUUCUUGUUCCGUGAUGGCCAUCUGAUCGUUUUCAACCCGAUUACACUCACCGGAGAGUGUGCACCUGGCUGAAGCAAGAAAGGAGAAGCCCACUGAGACGAUGGCAAAGUAUCACUGGCAGAGUCAAAAUGUGAAGCAAAGCGGAGUGGACGACAUGGUCCUGUUGUCCAAGAUCACCGAGGACGCCAUUGUGGAAAACCUCAAGAAACGAUACAUGGAUGAUUACAUUUUUACUUACAUUGGUCCCGUGUUGAUCUCCGUCAACCCAUUCAAACAGAUGCCAUAUUUCUCCGACAGAGAAAUUGAACUCUACCAAGGAGCAGCCCAGUAUGAGAAUCCACCCCACAUCUACGCCUUGACUGACAACAUGUACAGAAACAUGAUGAUCGAAGGAGAAAAUCAAUGUGUUAUUAUCAGUGGUGAAAGCGGUGCAGGAAAGACGGUGGCUGCCAAGUACAUCAUGGGCUACAUAUCCAAAGUAUCAGGAGGAGGUGCAAAGGUUCAGCAUGUAAAAGACAUCAUCCUGCAGUCCAAUCCUCUACUCGAAGCCUUUGGAAAUGCCAAAACUGUCCGCAACAAUAAUUCUAGCCGCUUUGGGAAAUACUUUGAGAUUCAGUUCAGCAGGGGGGGAGAACCCGACGGGGGCAAAAUCUCCAACUUUCUGCUGGAGAAGUCGAGGGUGGUGAGCCAGAAUGACAGCGAAAGAAACUUCCACGUUUAUUAUCAGCUGAUAGAGGGCGCUAGUGCUGAGCAAAAGGAGGCCCUCGGCAUCAUGACCCCCGACUACUACUUCUACCUCAAUCAGUCUGGAACCUACAAAGUGGACGGAACCAAUGACAGCAAGGACUUCCAUGAGACGAUGGAAGCCAUGCAGGUGAUUGGGAUCCCAGGUGACAUCCGGGCCCAGGUGCUGCAGAUUGUUGCCGGCAUCCUCCACCUGGGGAACAUCAGCUUCAUAGAGGCAGGGAAUUACGGGCAGGUGGAGAGCAUGGACUUGCUCGCCUUCCCAGCCUACCUGCUCGCCGUCGACCCCAACCGUUUGCAGGAGAAGCUGACCAGCCGUAAAAUGGACUCAAAGUGGGGAGGGAAGUCGGAGUCCAUCAAUGUGACCCUCAAUCAGGAGCAGGCCAACUACACAAGAGAUGCCCUGGCCAAAGCGCUCUAUGCACGCGUCUUUGACUACCUGGUGGAGGCCAUCAAUAAAGCCAUCCAAAAACCGCAUGAAGAAUUCAGCAUCGGUGUACUUGACAUUUAUGGAUUUGAGAUUUUCCAGAGAAACGGAUUUGAACAAUUCUGUAUCAACUUUGUCAAUGAGAAGCUGCAGCAAAUCUUCAUUGAAUUGACUCUGAAGGCAGAGCAGGAGGAGUACGUUCAGGAGGGCAUCAAGUGGACUGCGAUUCAAUACUUUAACAACAAGAUUGUUUGUGACCUGAUUGAAAAUAAACUGAACCCUCCAGGUGUGAUGAGCGUGUUGGAUGAUGUGUGCGCCACCAUGCAUGCCAAAGGCGAGGGCGCAGAUGGUACUCUGCUGCAAAAACUGCAGGCUGCCGUGGGAACCCACGAGCAUUUCAACAGCUGGAACUCUGGCUUUGUCAUACAUCACUACGCUGGAAAGGUGUCUUAUGAUAUCAACGGCUUCUGUGAACGAAACCGUGACGUGCUUUUCCCUGACCUCAUUGAGCUCAUGCAAAGCAGUCAUCAUGACUUCAUCCGCUAUUUGUUCCCCGAAAACCUCAACACAGACAAGAAAAGUAGGCCGACUACAGCAGGAUCCAAAAUCAAGAAACAAGCAAAUGAUCUGGUGAACACGCUUAUGAAAUGUACUCCUCAUUACAUCCGCUGUAUAAAACCCAAUGAGACAAAAAGGCCCAAAGACUGGGAGGAGAGCAGGGUUAAGCAUCAGGUGGAAUACCUCGGACUACGAGAAAACAUCCGCGUACGGAGGGCUGGCUUUGCAUACCGCAGGGUCUUCACUAAAUUCCUGCAAAGGUACGCCAUCCUGACUGCUGAGACAUGGCCACGCUGGAGGGGUCCAGAGCAGCAGGGGGUCCUUCACCUCCUCCGGUCUGUUAACAUGGAUAAUGACCAGUACCAGAUGGGCCGUACCAAGGUCUUUGUUAAAAACCCAGAAUCGCUGUUUCUUCUUGAAGAGAUGAGGGAGAGAAAAUUUGACACUUUUGCCAGGACCAUUCAGAAAGCCUAUAGAAGAUACAUUGCCAGAAAGAAGUAUGAGCAGAUGAGAGAAGAGGCUUCAGACAUCCUCUACAACUCGAAAGAGCGGAGAACAAACAGUAUCAACAGAAACUUUGUGGGUGACUACCUGGGGCUGGAACAGAGGCCUGAACUGAGACAGUUCCUGGCCAAGAGGGAGCGGGUUGACUUUGCUGACUCUGUCAACAAGUUUGAUCGGAGGUUCAAGUCCAUCAAGAGAGAUUUGAUCUUGACAGCCAAGGGGAUCUAUCUGAUUGGUCGAGAGAAAGUGAAGAAAGGUCCGGAGAAAGGGCAAAUAAAGGAAGUGCUGAAACGAAAGCUGGAGUUUGGAAGCAUAAAUGGCAUCUCACUCAGUACGAGACAGGAUGACUUUUUUAUUCUGCACGAGACGCAGUACGACAGUCUGCUGGAGUCCAACUUUAAAACCGAGUUCCUCAGCUUGUUGUCCAAACGCUAUGAGGACGUGACGAAGAGAAAACUUGCAAUAUCCUUCACCGACAGAUUAGAGUACAGAGUGAAGAAAGAGGGCUGGGGUGGAGGGGGCUCCAGAGUGGUGAUGUUCCAGAAUGGAAUAGGGGACCAGGCCCAGCUCAAACCUACAGGAAAGACUCUCACCAUCACAAUUGGGAAUGGGUUACCAAAAUCUUCCAAACCAACAAGGAAGGGUGGUCAACAGUCACGUGGUGGAGGCCGGAAUCACAGAGCGAGCAAAGCACACCAGAAUGGAGCGACCAAGUUCUCCAGAGUACCCAAACAAUCGGAUAUUAUGUAUUCCUCACCGCAUACACAGAGCAGACCUCCUCAAACGGCCCUGCCCAAACUGGGCUUUCAGAGAGCUCCCCGGAUCCCAACCCACAACCACAGUAACCAAGGAAACAUGGACUUCCUUAACGUGCCUGACGAGGGCAUGUCAGGGAAACAAAGGAAGCAGAGCAUCGGUCAGCGGCCCCCUCCUGCACCCAAACCUCAGCCUCGCCCUCAGGGACCCCGCUGUCGGGCCUUAUAUCAGUACAUUGGCCAGGACACCGACGAGAUCAGCUUUGAGUACAAUGAUGUGUUUGACCUUGUCAAAGAAGAUCCAUCGGGUUGGUGGACUGGCAGAAUUCGAGGAAAAGAAGGUCUCUUCCCUGGUAACUAUGUGGAAAAGAUUUAACUGGGACUGAUUGUUAAGUAAGUCUAACUUGGUUGAGUCCAUGCUCUGGAGACCGAAGGCAGUGCAAUUCUGUUCCCGACAGUCAAAACAUAGCCUGUACGACCACACGUGUUAGGUUUCAUCUGUGUUGUUGUCUGGAACUAUCUUGUUCAAAAUGACGCAGCAACAAGAUCUUUGACGACUGGCCCCCACUUGCCUUGAUACCUGCCUUUCAGCUUUCUAUGGACUUAAGUUUCAGUUACAGGCCAUCAAGUAAGACGAGCCUAAUUGCUGCAUUGCAUUAGGGUGUCAACACUGUUUACAUCCGUACUUUGUGUUGGACUCCAUUGUUUGUGUUUUUAUGAUGAAAAGAGCAACCUAACAGUUUAAACAUAGACAUAAUCUGAGGAGAUAUUAAAGCAUUUUGCAGAUGA